AUGACCCUUCUUUCAGAGGACCAGUCUUCGAGACCCCAGCCCUGUCGGCUCCCUGAGCCUGGCAAACACAUCAGCAACUCUUUGCAACAGUUCUCCACCGGCUACACUGGCUCCAAAGAGGAAUACAUGACCAGUGGGGAGAGUGUCGUCCUUGAAAACAUGGAGCCCCCUAAACGUUCGAGGGGUCGACUCAUCCUCCACGGUAUGGUCAUGUUUGGAAGGGAAUUCUGCUAUGCCGUGGAGGCUGCGUUCGUCACACCGGUGCUUCUGAGCGUAGGUCUUCCUCGCAGCCUGUACAGCCUGGUGUGGCUGAUCAGUCCCAUUCUGGGCUUCCUGUUGCAGCCCAUCAUUGGCUCGGCCAGCGACUACUGCCGCUCUCCUUGGGGCCGGCGGAGGCCUUACAUCCUGACUCUGGGUAUCUUCAUGCUGCUGGGAAUCACCCUGUUUCUGAAUGGAGAUGCUGUCAUCUCAGCUAUCGUCAGUGAUAAGUCGUUGAAGAGCGUAUGGGCCAUCGUGGUGGUGAUGUUCGGAGUCGUGCUGUUUGACUUUGCUGCAGACUUCAUCGACGGGCCCAUCAAGGCCUACCUGUUUGAUGUGUGUUCACAUCAGGAUAAGGAGAGAGGACUGCACUACCACGCUCUGCUCACAGGUCUCGGUGGUGCAUUCGGUUACCUGGUUGGAGCUAUGGACUGGGGCCAUUCAUUGAUUGGCAAACUGCUGGGCUCCGAGUACCAGGUCAUCUACUUCUUCUCAGCAAUGACCUGGGGCAUCUUCCUCACCGUGCACCUCUUCAGUAUUCCAGAGGUACCACUGGGCAAAGCUCCAUCUGACUCUGACCUUGCACCUCCCAGUGCCCUCCGCCUACUGGGCUCCCACAGCAAUGUUUACGGAUCCCUGUCUAAAGAGCCCAACUCCAUACCUCCAUCCGUCCCAGAUCACAGGCCCAGGUCGUUCUCCGCUCUUGGGGAGGCCAACGCGGUGACCUCCAGCGCCAAGCAGCCAAACAAGGAAGCCCAGAAGAAGAUGACAUUCAGGUCUCUGCUGAAAGCCAUCAUCAACAUGCCGCACCACUACCGCUGCCUGUGUGUCAGUCACCUGCUAGGAUGGACGGCUUUCCUCUGCAACAUGCUCUUCUUCACUGAUUUCAUGGGACAGAUUGUAUACAAAGGAAAUCCUUACGCAGACCACAACUCGGCAUCCUACGCCAUAUAUGAGAGAGGAGUUGAAGUGGGCUGCUGGGGGUUGUGCAUUAAUGCUGUUUCUUCUGCUCUCUACUCCUAUGUGCAGCGUUUCCUCCUCCAAUACAUCGGCCUGAAGGGAUUAUACUUUAUGGGCUACUUUGUGUUUGGCCUGGGCACCAGCCUGAUCGGUCUGUUCCCCAACAUCAUCGCCACGCUCGUCCUCUGCAGCGUGUUCGGGGUCAUGUCCAGCACGCUCUACACCAUCCCGUUCAACUUGAUUGCUGAGUAUCAGCGUGAAGAGGAGGAACAACUGAAGCUGCAAGGAACUGAUGAAGGACCCAGAGGCACCGGCAUUGACUGCGCCGCACUCACCUGCAUGGUCCAGCUGGCUCAGAUUAUCGUGGGGGCGGGGCUAGGCGCUCUGGUCAACAUGGCAGGAAGUGUAAUUGUAGUGGUCGUGUCAGCGUCGACCAUGUCCCUCUUAGGCUGCAUCUUCAUUGCCCUCUUUAUUAAAUAUGUAGAUUGA